GAGGGGGAGAUUCCACUCGUGGUAGCUAAAGGGUACUGAAACAAGCUAGAUUUACUAUAUAUAAUAUGAUUCAAAAAGUGAUAUCAACUAAAGGCAAUCUCUUUUCCCUGCAGAGAGGAGAUAGCACGUUAUAAAGGACUUGAUCCGACAGAGCAUUUACUAAUGUUAAAAGCACUCUGUGAACUCCGAGCCGAUCAAGAUGAUGCAGUGGCUUAUAUUAAUGAUGCUCUGAAACAAGGAACUGAAAUUUCUUCAUUCCGCAAAGAUAAGAUAGGAGGAGACGAAAAGAGGACUUCUUAUUGGUAUGAUGGAAAUACAAUAAUAGGUCAUAGAUUAUACAAGGAAGUAACUGUCAUUGAGUCGAAGACAAAAGUUAGGGGAAAAGGGUGUUUGAACCUACCAAAUAUCAGUUUCCAGUGGGAAACACUAGCAACCAAUCUCGAGGAAUUUCAGAAAGUUAUGGAUGAACUCUCAUCAAGCAAAGUUGCAGGAGAACGUGAUGCUGCUAAGACUAUUGAAACUGAUGCUAUUCCUGCUCUUGAGAAACUUCAGAAGUUACAAGACGGCUGCCAGUGGAUUCUCUGCUAAGCUCACUCAACAGCGAAAGUAAAGGCUGUUGUUGAUGCGAAAGUAAAGGUUGUUGUUGAUGCAACUUCUGCUGGCAUCUUCAUUGUCAUCAUAAAGUGUGUUCUUCAAGACUUGGUUGGUUUCAACAU